GCAUGGAGUUGUGAUGUUUCCUACUGGAGGAUAUUUCAAGGGAAUUCCUUGCCCAUUCUUUGAGCAUGGGCUCUGUCACAGAGCUAACUGUCACUACAGUCACAAUAGGACCCCAUCAAUCAUUAAUAGAUUGGCACCAUCAUCAUCACAGCCAGUGCCUAGUAAAGUACCAAAUGUACAGAAACCUGUUUCUAGUAGUACAUUCAGUUGUUCAAUAGCUCCUUCAUCGGUUUCAACAUCAGUUGGUCAAACUAACACACCAUGUGACAAUACAAAACCUGUCAUUGCUAAUACCUCAUCUUCAAUUACUAAAUCAUCUCCUACUAGCAUUACUUCUUCUUCUUUGGUGGAUAUUACAUUUGGUUUAUCUUCUUCUCUCACUGAUAAUGAUACCGUUUCAUCCCCAAACAUUGUAUCUUCUUUAUCUCAGCCCACACUCUCUUCAACCGUUACUUCAUACACUACCACUUUGGUGCCCAGCCCUUCCAUUGUUCCUAGUCACGCUCCAUCAGUGAAUAUCACUCCUUCUUAUAUUCCUCUGGAGACUAGUCCUCCUUCUGAAGAUGUUAAAGAGUUACCUACCAUAACUCCCACUACAUUAGAGCAGAAUAUAUUUGGUUCUCCGACCAGUGAUAGUGAUGAUGAUGAUGAUGGUUCUCUUUCCAUGGAGACUGAUGGACCUUCUUCUCUGGAUAUGGAGAUUGCAUUUCUCAAGGCUACUACAGUCAUGAAGGGAGUAAAGGGUGAUGGUAGUGUAUCUGUUGAUAAGGAAGAGAGGAGAGAGAAAGUGAAGGCAACUUAUGAAAACAAAGGAAUUAAGAAUAUAAGAGUAGCUCAUUCUGAUAAGAUAGUCAGGUCGUCUGAUUUGUUGCAUUCUUCCCACCGUCCCAAGUCAUUAUCGGACAUGAAGUUAAUGGAAACACUCAAAGACCCUGGAGUGAUGUACAGUAAUAAGAAGAGACAGUCACGAGUUACUGGUGGAGGACAUACUACUAGUAAAAGCAAGCUUGUAUCUCCUGGUAGUUCUGAUACUGGAGCUGUUAAAAGACCGCGUCUCUCUCCUGUAGUUAAUGCUAAAGUACCAACUAAGCUUCGUCAAGGAUAUCUUGAUACUUUUAUUGAUGAGCUUAUUAAAAAAGGCGAGGAACCUUCUUUGGCCUAUAAGAAAUCUCUUGAUGAUGAAGAGCAGUUAUUGAAAAGAAGUGCAAACCAAACGAUUUAUCGGAACUUAUGCUCUCACCACUUGAGGGCUCUCCGAAAAGAAACCGAAGAAAUUCUCAAAGAGAGACAGAGGCGAUCGGACGAACGAGUCUCCUCCAGGACCAGUGAUGACGUAGUGGGUAGAGCCAAAUCACCAAAGAGAGGGCUCACGUUUAAACCCAGCGGAAGCAAAUCAAGUAAAAUUGGAAGUGAAGUCAGUAAUGAAACAAGUGUAACUAAGGCAAAAACUAAAGAUGUCACUGAAUUUGAUUUGAAUGUUGUUUUAAGUCCAGGAGGAAUCAAGCCACAGCUUGAGAGUGUAGGGAAACCUGUUAAAAGAAGUAAAGAUGAUGCUGAUCCUAUUAUGAGUACAGUCAAGGCUGAAAUGAGUUUUAAUCCUCAAGUAUUUGAUGAUUUGAAAGAUGUAGAGUUUAUAAAACUAACAGCAACUACUGAUGAUAGUGUCCUAUUGGCUGAUGAGCCACUGGAAGGUAGUCCCUUCCCUUCCAGUGGAGCUAAUACUAAGAGUUUCUAUUCGUCGAAACGUAAAUCAAGUGAUGGUAACAAUGGACAGGCUGGACAGAGCUCUUCCAUCAAGAAAAGGAAGAAGGGUUGUGUCACUGAUAAAAGUCCUGGCCUCUCAUUUGAGUCAAUGUUGCUACAACCUGAUAAGAAGAUAAUGAAAAAGAAAACAAAGACUCAGCUAAGAGCAGGGACUAAUCCAACAGUCACUAGAAAGAAGAGCAGUGAUACUUUGUAUAGAAUUGAUGAUAAUACAGACUUUAGCAAGAAUAGGACUAACAUUGAAGGAAAGAUGGGUUCGUCUUCUGAUGAUAGCAGCACUGUUCUUAUUACUAGUGAUAAUGGGAAGAAAACUGGGGCAGCAUUAACUGAUAGGAAGAGAAAGAGAGAGAGUGCUUUGUCUAGUAAUGAGAGAAAUGAUAGUUCAGACUCUAUUAGUAGUAUGACUGCGAGUGAUACUGGCAUUAUUGAUCUAACCGGUUCACUUAAAUCACCUUCUCCUACUGAACCUACUUCUUCACGUUCUCCUACACUAUCUCCCAUUGUAAACCUUGAAAGUCCUACUGAGGAUUUUUCACCCAGUAUACCUGAUAGUGCCCCAGCUGCUACUAGCAGGGAGUCCUUGUUUCAGCCGGUCUCUCCUUCGUCACUUAUUAAUCUCACUGCUCUUGCUGCUGUUAGCUCAGCUGCUGCUAAUGCUUCAUGUAAGAGGAAGAUAAAUAUUGAUUCUGGGAAACCCGUCGCAAGAAAGUUUGAGCUUGUUCCUCCAAAGCCGCGUCCACUGCCAUCUUAUUCAAUUAUUGUUAAGAAGGAACCAGAAUUCAAUAUUGAUGUCUUCUAUAAUCAGCUACUGGAGUAUAGUUUAUCUGAAGAGCAGCUCAUCUCCAAUGGCUAUCCUAGACCUACUGGUGAUGUAGGAGUUGCUUCUCUCAAGAUAGAAGGAAAUGCACGGAGUCAAAUUGAACCAGUUGGACAAAAUGGUUUUCGUCAUACUUGCUGCCGUUGUCAGAAGUCCUUCAUAAUAUAUAAUGAUGGCAGGUAUCAAACUGUUGAAGAGUGCAUGUAUCACUAUGGGAGACUUUAUAAAUCAAAAGAAUAUGGUGAAGGUAUUGUCUCACAGUACAGUUGCUGCAGUGGUAGGAUUGACUCUCCAGGCUGCCAAGUUGCUCAGAUGCAUGUCACUGCUGGUGAGAUCUGUUCUUCCAUCAGUGGUUGUGUUCAAUCAGCAGCUCCACCUAAUGUUGCUAAUUAUGACCCAACGAUACAUGCACUGGAUUGUGAGAUGUGUUAUACAACUGCUGGGCUGGAGCUAACAAGAGUCACUGUGAUUGACUGGAAGCUUGAUACAGUCUAUGAUGCUAUUGUGAAACCAAAGCACCCCAUUGUAGAUUAUAAUACUAGAUUCAGUGGUUUAGCAGCCAAAGAUUUUAUUGGCGUGACAACAACUCUAUCCGAUGUACAGUCAAAACUAUUGGAAUUCAUCUAUGAGGACACCAUAUUGAUUGGACAUAGUCUAGAAAGUGAUCUUAAAGCAUUGAAGUUUAUUCAUAGUACAAUAGUUGAUACUGCUAUAGUGUUUCCUCAUCGUAGAGGGCCUCCAUUCAAGAGAGCACUCAAAUCACUUGCAGUUGAACUCUUGCAUAAGUUCAUACAGGACAGUGUUGAUGAUGGGCAUGACAGUAGAGAGGACUCUGUGGUGUGUAUGGAACUGAUGAUAAUGAAAGUGAAGGCAGACUUGAAACAAAUGAAGAAGUAGGAAUAGUUGUAAAUUGUAACACGAAAUAAAAAAAUGUUAAUUGUGUGUAAUCUUUGAUUUUAUGAUCUUAAUUAAUCAAAAAAA